AUGCUGCCCUCAAUAGCUGCUCUCGCUCUCGCUUCGUACGCCGUGGCCGCUCCGGCGCCUGAGCCCUUACCAGGCUCCGCAAUACACAUUCCGGUCACUAGGCGCACUCCGUCCCUGCGCAAAGAGAAUGGCGACGCGGACACGGAGCGAAUAAGCGCGAUAAUAGACGGUGUACGGGGGAAGUACUACGGCGUGUCCAGCAGCUCGAACCGCGGGUUGGACCGCAGGCAGAGCAACGGGACUGGAAUUCAGAUCACGGACGUCGGCUUCGAUUCGUCGUACACCGGUACUGUGGGCAUCGGUACACCAGCGCAGAACUUGGAUGUCGUGUUGGAUACCGGUUCAAGCGAUCUUUGGGUGGCGACGACGGGAUGUACGUCAUGUCCGAGUGGAACGACCGAGUUCAACACCGGCGGCUCGUCAUCGUACAAGUCCUCGGGAAACUCCGUCACAUUCCAGUACGGCUCAGGGCAGGCGUCGGGUACGGCUGGGACAGAUACCGUCUCUAUGGGAGGCUUCACCGUCAAUGGUGGCACAGUCACCGGCGUGACCACGGUAUCGAACAAUAUCAUCAGCGGUCCCGUAUCCGGUAUCAUGGGUCUUGGCUUCCAAGCGCUGUCAAACACUCAAUCAACGCCUUUCUGGCAAUCCCUUCUCAACAAUGGUCAACUGGCCAAUUCCGAGAUGUCCUUUUACAUCGCACGCAACGCCGCUUCCGUCACCUCGAACGACGAUGAGACCAAUGGCGGUGUCUUCACACUCGGUGGCACCAACUCCACCUUGUUCCAGGGCGAUAUAGACUUCAACGAUUUCCCCAGUGGAAGCCAACCGAGCUAUUGGCUGCAGACGGUGUCGCAGUUGACGUUGAAUGGGAACACGGUGGAUAUUGGAAGUGCGAGCAGUAAUCUGGCGGCUAUUGACACGGGCACGACGUUGCUUGGUGGACCGACGCAGGCGGUUGAAGCGUUCUGGAGUCAGGUGUCGGGCUCGCGGUCAUUGUCGAACGGCAUGUGGGCCUUCCCUUGCGACGCGGAUCUGAGCGUCACCAUCUCUUUCGGCGGCAAGUCUUGGCCCCUCAAGUCCGAGGAUAUUAACUUCGGCAACAUUGGGCAAGGCUACUGCCAAGGUGCGAUCUUCGACGUCACCCAGGGAGCUACAACGAACCAGAACACUCCCUCGUGGAUCGUUGGUGACACGUUCCUCAAGAACGUGUACUCAGUCUUCCGCGCCAGCCCCGGCCCCGCUGUCGGUUUCGCUGAGCUUUCGGGCUCCGCGAGUGCCGGAACGCCUGGCGGACAAAGCAACACGAACUCGAAUGGCGGCAACUCCAGCGGCGCCGUCGCGAAGAGCGCCAAGGGCGUAAGCGCCGUGAUGGUGUUGGCCGCCGCGGCCGCCACGGCUGUCUUCAUGGCAUAG